GCUACUUGAGAGAUGAAACAGUCAUAAAACUUGUUUCUCUUUGGUGUUAUCUUAACACUUGUCUUGAUCCGAGUUCUUGCAAAGAAGAGAUGGAGAAGAUGGAAGAUGGAGGAAUCUUGACAUAUAAUGGUAGAUAUGUUAUGUAUAACGUACUCGGUAACAUUUUCGAGCUGUCUUCAAAAUACAUUCCUCCUAUUCAACCCGUUGGUCGAGGUGCCUAUGGUAUUGUCUGUUGUGCCACAAACUCAGAGACAAACGAAGAAGUUGCUAUAAAGAAGAUAGCAAACGCGUUUGACAACAGAAUUGAUGCUAAAAGAACUCUACGAGAGAUCAAACUCCUUUGCCACAUGGAUCACGAUAAUGUAAUCAAAAUGAAAGAUAUAAUCGAGCCACCAGAGAAGGAGAGGUUCGAGGAUGUGUAUAUUGUUUAUGAAUUGCUGGAUACUGAUUUGCACCAGAUCAUAAAAUCCACUCAAAUCCUAACCGAAGACCAUUGUCAGUACUUCCUUUACCAAAUUUUGAGAGGCCUGAAGUACAUACACUCUGCAAAUGUGCUUCACCGCGACCUGAAGCCUAGCAACUUGGUUCUAAAUUCAAAUUGUGAUCUUAAAAUCUGUGAUUUCGGGCUUGCAAGAACAUCAACGGAGACAGACAUAAUGACGGAAUAUGUUGUGACAAGAUGGUACCGUGCACCCGAAUUGCUUCUCAACUGCUCCGAGUACACUGGAGCUAUUGAUAUUUGGUCUGUUGGUUGCAUUUUCAUGGAGAUACUCAGAAGAGAAACGCUUUUCCCCGGAAAAGAUUAUGUUCAACAGCUGAAACUUAUCACUGAGCUAUUAGGUUCACCAGAUGACUCUGAUCUUGACUUCUUGAGAAGCGACAACGCGCGGAAGUACGUAAAACAACUCCCACAUAUUCAAAAACAAUCAUUCAGAGAAAAAUUCCCAAACAUUCCUCCAAUGGCUUUAGAUCUUGCUGAAAAGAUGCUUGUUUUCGAUCCUUCCAAACGCAUCACAGGAGGCAUUGAAGCAGCCGUACUUGGCAAGUCUUCAUGAGAUCAAUGAAGAACCGACGUGUCCUUCUCCUUUCAGCUUCGACUUUGAGGAGACAACCUUGGAUGAACAAGACAUCAAAGAACUUGUCUGGAGAGAGUCUUUACACUUCAAAAAUAAGUAAUCUCCCAAAUUCUCACUCUCCCCCUUCCCCCACAGUUUAAGACACUUGGAAGCUAGACAAUGUUAUUGUAAAUUGUGGGAAUAUAUAUAAGCCAGUAUUCUAGUGUGUGUGCGUUUUGUUUGAUAAUGUGUGUCAGUGUGUGCAAUCCGAAGAAUGUUACAAGUUUUUAUAUGUAAGAUACAUGUAAUAACACGAUAAAAACAUGGAUUCUAAAAUUUGG